UGUUUGUUAUGUAUCUGGGUGCAGACAACUAUUAGAUGUCAAUCUUUUUUCUUAUAAAAAUUGUUACCAAAGGGGAUUGCUAUGUGACCAACGCCAAUCUCUUGCAGUUGCAUACAUUAAAUACUUUCAAAUCCGAGGCAUAGCAUACACCAAUUAACCGAUUGAUCCAACACAGCAUAUACUCCUUAAAAUUCCGCUACUGUCCCAGGUUACAAUGAAAAACGACGACACUGGUAGCCGCUUUGAAUAAAAAUUCUUAACGUUUACUACAAUCCAAAACACUCAAACAUCCUAACACAAACUGAAGGGGUCACGAGGCACUGAAGGCAGUGACAUCUUUGGCAUCACACUCACAGAAAACACUAUUUUUUGAACUAGCAAUUACCAGAGGCUAUCAACCACUGAACUGUCCACAGUAACAUCCACGUUUCCCAAAAGCAUUAAAAACCCAACAUGGAGAACCUUGUUUUUCCCACGGUUUGACCGGUUUUGUACUAUUUCUCUCUCUGUCUCUGUCUUUUGUCUUUGUCUUUCUCUCACGCUUUGUUCUUUGUCUAUUUCCUUAUCCUUUGCUCAUAUCAGUAAGCAUCCGUUCAUUAUGGUUUCAGCUGGUAUUUCCACUUUUCUCCUUGCAGAGGUUCAGUUUCUUCUCCCUCAGCUCAAUGCUGCCUCAGAUUUGUGGAGGGAUAGUGGGUAUCUUCUAAGAGUGCUAAUUAGGAUAACGUACCUAUUGAACUAUGGGGGGUGAAACAGUGAAAGGGACAUGGCUCAGUGCUUUGUGGUCAGUGUCACGUAAGAGUGCAUCAGAUGGCAAGGAAGUGAUUGGAGUUUUGGCAUUUGAAGUUGCGGGUUUGAUGUCUAAGGUGGUUAAUUUGUGGCGUUCUUUGAGUGACAGGGAAAUAAUGAAUACGAAGGCAUGGAUAAUGAAGUCGGUUGGGGUCAAAAUGCUAGUGUCUGAUGAUGAUUAUUUCUUGAUGGACCUUGCCUUGAGUGAGAUACUCAAUAACUUUGAGUCUCUAGCUUGGUCUGUGGCCAGGUUGAGUAAGAAGUGCAAGGAUCCAGUUUAUCAUGGUUAUGAACAUUUUGUUGAUAAUCCUGCUCAAAACUAUCUUCAAUGGUCCGGGUGGGAAUAUGCGUGGAAAAAGAUGGAGAGGAAGGUGAAGAAAAUGGACAGAUUUGUUGCUUGUAUGUCACUAUUGUCCCAAGAGCUUGAGGUACUGGCUGAUAGGGAACAAACUUUCAGGAGAAUGAAGGCAAAUCGCGAGCUUCAUGGGGUGAAGCUGCUCGAGUUUCAAAAGAAGGUCAUGUGGCAGCGCCAGCAAGUGAAAAAUCUGAGAGACAUGGCUCCAUGGAACAGAAGUUAUGACUAUGUUGUAAGGUUAUUGGCAAGAUCAUUGUUCACAAUUCUUGAGAGAAUCAUUGUUGUCUUUGGAAAUAGUCAUAUACCUAUUGAAAACCAACAAAAUGAUUCUCUUUCUCCGCCCGUGACUACCAAUAACAAUCGUCUUACUCGCAGUCAUUCCUUCUCUACUCUUAGGCACACCACCUCAGUUCAUCCUUCUAAGACCAAUUCAUAUGGAUUCUGUUCACAACCUAUUGAGAGCAAGUCAGUGUUAAACUCAGGUUUUGAGGUUGACAAGAGCAAGAGCAAGAGCAAGAAAAAGAAGAAAGAGCAACAAGUGCUUCAUUCAGAAAGCAAGCAGUUCGAGCAUAUUGUUCCAUUCACUGGAUUCAUGUCAGUUGGAAAUAAAUCUCCUUUUGUACAAUCUUGUGUGCCAACUAAAGGAGGUUCUAUGAGGUUGGUUGAUUGUCAUGUGAAGAACAAUGACAACAUGAAAACAGUUGAUAAAUCAUCUCUCAUAUGCAGAACUAGAAUUUAUUUAAAACUGUCGAUGAAGGGUCGGUUAAAGCCAGGUCCAUCUACACUUGGCGAUGCAGCUUUAGCUCUACAUUAUGCAAAUGUGAUUGUACUAAUAGAGAAGAUGGUGGUGUCAGCACCUCACCUCAUUGAUCAUGAAACAAGGGAUGAUUUGUACAACAUGUUACCAACCACUAUAAGAACCGCUCUGAGGGGUAAGCUCAAGUGGUAUGCCAAGAGCCAGCGUGCCACGGUCCACGAAGCUAGCCUUGCAGUGGAAUGGAGCAUGGUAGUUGCACAGAUAUUGGAAUGGUUGGCUCCACUGGCACACAACAUGAUAAAGUGGCAUUCUGAGAGGAAUUUUGAGAGGGAGCAAUGUGCUUCCAAAGCCAAAAAUGUUUUGCUUGUUCACACUCUUUACUUUGCAGACCAAGCAAAAGCUGAAGCUGCAAUGGUUGAGCUCCUUGUUGGUGUUCACUAUGUGUGCAGGAUUGAUAGAGAGGCGCAGGAGUUUGCAGGGUCUAGAGCUCUUAAUGGUGUUCGUUUGAGAAAGAAUGUGUUGUACAAUAAAUAUUUAUAGGCUACAUGAAUGUCACCAAUGAUGUACAGUUAUCAUUUUCUAAUGUAGCCUUUUCCUAAUAGUACUUUAAUGCUUUUAAUGUUAAAAAUACGCUGGGAAUCACAUCACGCUGAUUCUGAGCUUUGGUUACAUUUUGGUUAA